AUGGAUUGUACAGAUAUACUGAGUGAAGUGGAUUCUGCACACCUUACCAUUGGCUAUGGACAUUUCUCUUUCUCUCAACCCGUUUACCCCCAAUCACUCUCUCCAGAUGGUACUGUUAGGUUGGUUGGGGGAGCUGGCAGCCACGAGGGACGUCUAGAAAUCUUCUACCGUGGUCAGUGGGGAACGGUGUGUGACGACGGCUGGACAAACUCAAACACACAAGUGGUAUGCAGACAGCUUGGCUACAGGUUGGGAGAGACUCUCUCUACUGGAGGGCCAGACACCCCAGUGCCACGCUUCGGGGUGGGGUUAGGUCCUAUUCUGUUGGAUGAUGUGAGCUGCACGGGGAAAGAACCUAGCUUAUUGCUGUGCAACAGGAGGGAGUGGCUCCGACAUGACUGCACACACCAGGAAGAUGUUACCAUUGCAUGCAGCCCUGAGCACAAUGGAGAGGGUCUUCCAACCAGUGUACCAGUAAGACUAGUGGGAGGAGAGAGCCCUAGGGAAGGGCGUGUCGAGCUCUAUCUGUCCGGUCAGUGGGGCACUGUCUGUGAUGAUGGAUGGACCGAUCAUGAUGCUGAGGUGGUGUGCAGGCAGUUGGGAUAUAGUGGCGUGGCAAAGGCCCGCGUGAUGGCAUACUUCGGUGAAGGGACAGGCCCCAUCCACGUGGACAACGUGAAGUGCACUGGUGAAGAGCUUUCGUUAGCUGAUUGUAUCAAACAGGUUCCAGGAACGCACAACUGCCGCCACAGUGAGGACGCCGGGGUCAUAUGCGACUACGGAGCUCCUCAGCCCAGCUAUAAGGAGGUGAAAGAUCCUGUGGACUCAAUUUGCGGUCUGCGGCUCAUACACACUCGCCAGCGGCGAAUCAUAGGAGGAGAAAACUCUCUGAGGGGUGGCUGGCCAUGGCAGGCUGCCAUCCGUUUGCGAGGAUCUCGAGUAGAUGGGAGGUUGGUCUGCGGAGCAACUCUCAUUGACACCUGUUGGGUCCUCACUUCGGCACACUGCUUCAAAAGGUAUGGAAACAGCACCAAGCAGUAUAAAGUUAGAGUGGGAGAUUACCACUCCCUCGUCCCUGAGGAAUAUGAAGAGGAGUACGGUGUUGAUCAAAUUGUCCUCCAUCCAAGCUACCACUCUUAUAGCAAUGAUUACGACCUGGCCCUGGUUCGUCUGUCACCGGGGGCAAUGGGCCAGAUCCCGGGAGAGUGUGUGUCAUUCAGCCGUCAUGUCCUUCCCGCCUGCCUCCCCAUGAGGAAAGAGCGAGUGCUCAAACAAGCCAGCAACUGUCACAUUACCGGGUGGGGCGACACAGGCCGUUCAUACUCCAAGACCCUGCAGCAGGCUCCUCUGUCUCUGUUUCCACGCCGCCAUUGCCAGGAGCAUUUUCACACAGCCUUCACAAGCCGCAUGCUCUGUGCCGGCAGCAUCCACUCAGAAAGGCGUGUGGACAGUUGCCGUGGAGACAGUGGAGGUCCACUGGUGUGUGAGCGCCCAGGAGGGGGUUGGGUCGUUUACGGGGUCACAUCCUGGGGUCAUGCCUGCAGGACACAGCAGUCCCCUGGUGUCUACACCAAAGUCUCCGCAUUUAGCUCCUGGAUACGCAAAGUAAUCGGACGGGAUGAGAAAAAGAAGUAAUAAACUGAAAACAACGGACAUCUAAAUCAAGAGGAUUAAUUUUCAGCCUGCUACUUACACAACAGCAUAUUUCAGUUAUGAAUACUUGAUGUCACGUUCUUAAUAAUCCUGUGAGGUAUCUCACAACCCGACCUUUAGUGACAAGAAGACAAUGUCGAACUUUAUUGUAUUUUGUUUUUGUCAAGGGAAAUUAUUCUUUAGCACUUAUUUUACUAAUUUAACAUUUUUAUGAGCUUUUCAUUUCUGAUGGUGUAUUCUGUAAGCUAAGCAUCUCUUUGUUUAUGUAGCAUCACGUACAGCCCUUGAUUUUUGUUUUUUAAACUGUGUUUUCUGUGCUCGCUUUUGUUAUGAAGUUAUACCUUGUAACUUAUGUCAUGAAAUAUGCUACUAAAACAUUGAAAAGGGACCACAGUGUUAGAACAAGCAUACUGUAAAUGUGCAUGUACUCAUGCUGAAACAGUAUGUAAUAGCACAAUAUUGCAUACUUGCACUACGAAAUCCUUUUUGGUACUUAAUGCAUGAGAUCUAGUGCUUCUGUGUUAAGUGAAACAUGACUUUUAACCUCAUUUCAUACUUGUUUGUGUAAUGUUUUUGUGUGAUUUCAGGUCUUGGUAAUUCUCAGGCUUUUGUAUUUGCUAUCCAGUCAGUAUUUGUCCUUGACGUAGCACUACGUAACAUAUGCAGAGAAAGGAAGGGGCGUAAGUCCUUCUGAUUAAAAGCACAAAGCAUUUUUGAAGUGUUGAUCUAUCACAGUGACUCAAAGGUCUUGGUCAGAUAAUUGAGUGUUGUCAUGCUUCUAACAACAGUGAAAGGAGACAAUCUGUUACACUUGAAAAAAAAAAAACCACCCACUGCCUCCUUAUUAUUAAAUGAUAAAUGACCAUGUUUUUGUCUCAACAUUUCUUAGUAA